CAGGAAAUCUUGUGCUGUGUUGAAAAGUAGUGAGAAGAAAAGGAUCAAUGAGAAAAAGUUCAUUCUAAUUUGUAGCAAAAAAAAGUCAAGUGUUAAUCCGUGUGCGUGUGUAUUUGCGUGUGAAAAGUAAUUUUUCCUCGAGGAACACAGAGCAGCUGCGUCGAGCGGCGCCAGCGAUGGCAACGACAAGGUGAAGUGAGAGUGCCUGAAGGAAGUUCAAUAAGCGACGGCAAAAAGUGAAAAGUGCAGGAAGUGAAAUAAGAGCUGCCUAAUCGGCGGGGGAGUGGGAAAAGCAUUUUCGAGAGGCUAUAUUUGUGGAGAAGAAGAAAAAGGAAAAAAGAUCGGCGGCGCGAAAGUGUUUCACGUGAGUGUAAUCUUCUGUCGGUACUGCUUCCAUCGGCGCGGAGGAAAUCGGGAAUAAGAGCAUAUUUCAAGCAAUAUUAUCCUAAUCGCCGUGGAUCAGCUGUCAUCGUGUCUGGAAGUCAGGAGGUAUUCAACGCGCGCUCCAGUGUAAUUUGUCACGGGUUUGUCAGCACUUUUUACUGUGCGGGAACCAACCGAAAUCCUCCCACAGUGAGCGUGAAAACCGUGAAUGCUGUAAGCAGUGGCCAGGACGGCCCGGCGAGCUAUGAGCAGCGAUUGAAUUUGUUGAUAGAUGUGGGGGUGACAUCGAGAUGGGCCAGGGGCUCGAACCGCUAACCGCAGAUCUUUGUCUGUCCUCCCGGUCGCAGCCCCCCCAGCUUCCGUCUCGUACUGAUUUCUUCGAGCAAUCGAAGAAAAAGAACGCGUCCAGAUUAAUAGCAAAAAGCACCACCACCACCACAGUAGCACAAUUACAGCAAUUGGCAUCACUACUGCUACCAUCACGGAGAAGAGCCUGUGGACGAAUCCGUGCAACGAUUCCAGCGAGAAAUACGACGAUCAAUCGUUGCGUACCAGAAACCGGUCAGUUGCCCAAGGUUGACAAGCUGUGGUCACAACCGCACGACCAGUAUCGUGUUCUAUUCUCAAUGCUACCAGACUCUUUUUCUAAUGCACACACGAUGGAGUUUGGUUAGACAUGAUGAAGGCUACAUCAUCUUAGUGACCCUAACGAGAGGGCACUAAUAGAGACAAACAAAAUAUCAACCGCAACAGUCGACCAUUAGUACUACUACUACUACUUCUACUUCUCUACAACUUACAAUCGUGAACCAACAGAUCAACACACAACAGUCACAACAACAGUAACAACAGCAGCAGCAGCAGCAGCAGCAAACGGCGUGAAAAUACCACCGCCAAGCGAAGCGUUGUUUCCAGGCCGCCACUACCGACGAACCGGUUCCGUUUCUGGUGGCCAUGGAGCCGCCCGGUGUGCUGACACCACACAGAGAUGGAGAUAAGCUUCUGCAGCAGCAGCACAGUCUACCGCACACUCCACAGUCACCGCCACCGACCGCGACGACAGCCGCCACAAUACAACUGCAAACGCAACUGCAACAGCAACAACAACUCUAUCACCACCGUCAGCUACAACUGAGCACUUCCCUGUCCUCGAGUAAUCAACCGUUGCUCCCGACACCCACAUCAGCAGCAUCAACGAACAAUUCGCUUACCGGGAGUAACAGUGGGACUGGAAGUGCCCAAACCGGCAUCGAACGGCUGUCGCGUCCUAUGGCCUUUGAUAAGAUGGAGGGUUUGGUACGUGAAAUGCAGGAUCCGGAGUCUGGUGUCCCAGUGCGCAGUCAGAAACUUUUUCUCACCUCCAUCCCUUCUGCGUUUAUGGGUUACGAUCUGGUCGAGUGGCUGAUGGAGCGGUUAGGCAUCGAGGAGACGGAAGCGUUGAACAUUAGCAACCAGUUGUGUAUGCAUGGCUACUUCUUCCCGGUGUCAGACUCGAAGACGCUGAUGGUAAAGGACGAUUCGUCGCUGUAUCGCUUCCAGACACCGUACUACUGGCCGUGGCAGCAGAAGGCUCCGGAUAACAUCGAGUACGCAAUCUACCUGGCGAAGAGAACGCUGAGGAACAAACAGCGCCAUGGGCUGGAGGAUUACGAGGCGGAAGCGUUGGGAAGCCUGCACAAAAAUCUUAAGGGAAAGUGGGAUUUCAUCACGAUGCAGGCCGAGGAACAGGUUCGGCUGGCUAAGGAGCGGAAAAAGGGCGAUAAAAUUGUUGGUGAUUCCCAGGAACGGGCCUACUGGCGAGUGCAUCGUCCCCCUCCGGGACAAUUCACUCCACUGGAACCUUGCCCUAUUCCGUCACGCGAUCGCCAGGGUAAACCUCGGAAGCGUACAUUGGAGGAUUGGCAGCGGGAAGUGGAGAUUUUGAAAGCUUCUCUCGGUCGAAAUCGGGUCAAAAUGUCGCAGGCUUGCGAGAGUCUUGUCACUUACUACGAGACGUUCAGUGAGUACGAUCCGGCGAUGCAACCGCCGCUGCCAUCGAACCCGUGGGUGAGCGAGGACGUGGUCUUCUGGCAGAUGAACGGUCCAGUUGUUGAGGUGCCAACGGAGAAACGAGUUAAGAGGUGGGGUAUUUCGAUCGAGGAAGUGGUAUCCGAUCCGACCGGACUGCAGGAGUUUACUGCCUAUCUAAAAAAGGAAUACUCGCACGAGAAUAUUCGUUUCUGGAUGGCGGUGAACGAUUUGCGACGAUCGUCACACUCGCAGAUCCCUAGAAAAGUACAGGAGAUUUACGAAGAAUUUCUCGAACCUGGCGCCCCGUGUGAAAUAAACAUCGAUGGAAAAACCAUGGAAAAGGUUCAGCAAGAGCUCAAGAAUCCCUCCCGGUUCGCGUUCGAUUUGGCUGCCGAGCAUAUUUAUAUGUUACUGUUGAAAAAAGACUGUUACCCGCGUUUCAUUCGAUCCGAACACUACAAGAGUCUUAUGGCCAACGCUAUUCAACCGUCACAGAAAAAGCGUUUCUUCGGUUUCGGUGGAGGGGCGAAAAAGAAAGGUUCAACUUCCACCGCUCCUAAUCCAUCGUUGCUGACACAGCCUGCUGGUCAAGCAACGGGUAAUGUGAACAGCCUGUCGAAAAGACGAGGAAGUGAUCGAAGCUUGUCUGGUUCGGCACACGAACUUGCCGUUUGUGGGGUUAAGGAUAGUACUAAAGUGCCACACUCCCAUAGCCAAAGCAAUCUCAGCGACCUUCCCUACAGUGUCUCGAUCUACAGAGGUGACAUGCCAUCCGGUAGCUAUAUCGGCCAGACGGCAACCGAUUCCACACUUGUAGGAGGAAACGAACAGAGAUUUGGAAAGCAGGAGGUGAGCAACAAACCGCUGGGUACCACCCUGGAAGUAACCCUGGAGGCACCCGGAGGUUGUGCGGUAUGUCCUUGGGAUGCACCACCGACAUCUCAGCCGUCAGCAGCGAAGGAGAAACCGGCCGCAGUAUCUGUGUCCGUCUGUCCGUGGGACGAUGGCGACGCCAAGUUACCUCCUGUCAGCAAAUCGAAACCAUUGGAAGCCGUCCGCUCGUCGACCGAUAUCAGCGAGGUGUCGGAGCGCAUGAAGCGCUCCUGUGGAUUGCGCCAGAACACGCUGGACUGCGACUUUCACAGUACCAAACGGCUAGCGCCGGUGGUGACCGAGCAGCGGAGAGCUUCCAUGACGAUGGCACCGAGGCUAUCUGACCUACAAUUCUUCCUUCGGGCCAAUUCGACUGGCGAGGAGCCGGCUAAUAGCGAGCAGUUGUCCGGGAAUCCUCCGCGGAAUAUUUCCCAGGGUUCGCUAUCGACUAGCUUCGAGGAGCGGGAGGAUUGCACACCGACGCCCACCGUAUCGGACGACAAUCUGUGUAAAGUGAAGAAGGGGAGCACCUCAGAGGUGGUAGGAGUCGUACCGUCAAGUGAUGUUGUUGAGGACAAAUCCACUAAAACAAAUUUGAACAAUGAACGUGGUAGUGAGUGUGCGUGUGGUGGUUUAACACCAACAAACAUUAUAUUAGGGUGUGAAGUGAAGCGUAACGAGGAAACUGAAGUGCGUGUGGGAACCGGUGGUGGCAAUAGUGGGGCGGUGGGUGGUCAGGUUGAAGUUGGAGCUCGAAGAGAAGCCAGUGUCAGUGAGAAACAACCACCUACAAUCAGUGUCUGUUUUGCAAAUUCUACAGAGGAAGAAGGUCUUCGGGAGAUUUCUUCGCAGGCGAAAGAUAGAUUUUUGGAGGAACAAAAUCAGGAAACAGAACAGGCUAACGUCACCAGUGAAGAGAACGAAGACGAAGUCGCGCGAUCAGCAUUUGGGCCUGAUAAGUUGUCGGAUCCAUCGCACGAUAUGUCCCCGCUGGCUGAGGAUGAUAACUUCUCGGAAUCGCUGUCGCAACAGAACCAAUCAUCGUUGGAGCAGGUCGAGUACGACAUCAACAUGGAGAGUGAUCACCUGGCACCCGGGUGCGUGGCUCCAGCGCCCACACCUGCACCUUCGAUCGCUCCGCUGGCCGAAGUCGAGAUGGAUCCCGGCGAUGACGAGCCGGAAACGGAAACCGAUCAAACGGAAACGGUGACGGUUCAUGUUACCACCAGGGAGAAGCAGGAACAGGAACCGGAAGCAUCGGCCGGAGCGACGGUGGUGAUUAUCGAGGAUCAGGUUAAGCGAAGAAAACGAAAGGAACGCAAGGAUCGAGACAGAGAAACGGUACAGCAGCAGCGCAGCGAGGAGGAAAAUAGCGAGAAGAAGGGAAACGCUGUCUGUCCGUGGGAUGACGAAGACGAGUCAGCCGCCGACGACGCUCCCUAUGUGAAGACGUACUCCACUCUGGGUUAUCUGUAAGUUGGGAGGAGAUAUGGUUGGGAAUGAAACUGGAUUUGUAUUGAGUAAUCUGAAAAAGCGGGACGGAUAGAAUUGGUGAUUUUCCGGAAGGGUAGGGAGACAGUUCCGAAUCUAGUUUCUGGCGAGGGAUAGAGGUUAAGUUGAACAAGUAGGACAGAGGAUGGAAAGUUAAAUUUCGACUAGAAUUACGAGUCAAGCCCUAGGACUAAUUUUAUGAUGAAAUUUGCUUAAGCUAAGCGGGUAAUGACAAUUCGCAAAAAAGGUUAUAAAAUAUGAUCGAACGCUUGGAAGGGACCCGGAGAAAUAUGAGACCGUUUUCCACAGGAUUAUCAUUUUGAUGCAUCGAAGAGCCCCAAAUGAAAACAAUGAAGAAUGCAUCGUGUUAUUUUGAGUUCUGUCUUUUGGCACUUAAGUUCUCCGGGUCUCUUCCCGAGGUUGAAGUUGAUGAACGCCGAUCAAGAGGGAGAGUUUCACAUACUGUGUUUUUGGAUACCAUAUGAGUAAGAUCAAAUGGGUAAUGAUAAUUCAAAAUGUAUCAGUUACUGUGAAGUGCUUCGUGAGUAACGAGUUUUGACGCAGCAAAUAUGCUACGAAUAAGCAAACAAACAACUUGAGCUUCUGCCUCUGGAGGACGAGGACACGGCUCGGUUAAUUUUCUCUUGAUAUAAAUUCUAAAACUUUUAUCUGAACAAAUGACGAGUACAUAUAUGACUAUUCGGUAGUGGAUACAGUGGCUAGCUAAUGGAAAAUUUUAGAUGUUAGUCGUAAGUGUAAUAACCAUAAUUAUCUGCCCUCGGAGGCAACCUUAUCCCUUAUCGUUUAGUGCAUCGACAACUUGGAGGAAAACAGCGUAUCGAUUUGGUGAGACGCGUCUUUGGAUUACCAAAUACUAUUUGGAGAAGCAGAAACAGAAAAUAAAAAUAUAAAGCAUACGAUACAUUUAUUGGUAGGGCAUUAAAACACAAUUUUGAUGGGAGAGAACGAAUAUUAUAUUGAAAGAACAUUAUUAUUGAAUGUAUCACUGUAUUGAAUUAAUCAUGUGGACAGGUGUAAAAUGUGUGGCUAAGUGCUGCUAAACAUUAUAUCUGUACUAGAAUAAAAGUGAGUUUAAUCCAUUAAAUCUAAACAAAUCUAAGGCAGGCUAAAUUGCUAAUCACUAACACAUGUACUAACUGAAUAAUCGGAUAAGAAUCGUAUAACGUUAUAAGUAUUAUCAUGAAAACAAAAACAACUGUGAAACUCUCCGGGAUAAGUAUGCAUUAUAUUACAAGUUUAGGAAUGGAAACAAAAUGGGAAGAGCUAGCAAUUUUGUCAUUGCCCAGCUAAGGCUCAAUAAUGGAAUCGGACCAGGUUCCGAAGCUGAGAUGAAAGUAGAGCGGGAAUGUUAAUGAGUUAUGGCAGCAACAAGGUUGAGAUUGAUGCAAUAUUAUUACUACAUCAAUAACAUCUGAAUCAAACCUGACAGAAUUUCGCGAUGGAGACACUUUCACGUGCGGGUCGCUUGAUUUCAGCUGCUCGUAAAAAAAAAGAUUGAUAUUUUGCAUGUAUGGUUGUUUUGAAACUGCAUCUUUGGCCCGAAAUCGAGCGAGACAAUAUAAAUACACUUAUCCCCCUAUUUACACGGUACUUGUUUUACACGUUUUCCCAUUUACACGGUUUAUACAUAAACAAAUUUCGAAUAACUUAUAGAAAUGUAUAUAUUGCUGAAUAUUCGCUUAUACACAUUUCAUUGAAAACAUUGUAUCUCCCAUUGAUUUGGCAUCACUGAUGGCGAUAACGGGGGACUUCCCGUAUUGUUGUAUUUACAUUUACGGAUUUCAAAGUAGUGCAUGUGGAAGCAAACGAAAAACAGUUCGUAUUUUAGACCACGAGUUCGAAUUUUUGUAUUAGAACUGGUAAGUUAUCAAUUUGAUAGCUUUUUUUGAGUCUUUAUGUGUAAUUUGUAUCACUUUUUGAAGCUUAAUAAUACCUCGACAAAAAUAGAAAUGAAAAGGAAAGUAAUAUCUUUGGAAACAAAAAUUAAAAUAUUGGAUCGUUUACGUGAUAGAGAAAGAGUAACAAAUAAGGCUUUAAGGAUUUAUGAAACGCAUCUAAAUCAGUCUUCGUCGACUAUUUCGAUUGGAAAGAAGGUAUCGUUUUCUGCAAGCCAUGGGUGGUUUGAACGAUUUAAAAUGAGACAUUCUUUACAUAACAUUAACUUUACAUAACAGACGUAGCACGACAUUAUCCCGCUCAAUUCGCUAAACUAAUUGCCGCUGACUCUUACACUUCUGAUCAGGUCUUUAAUGCUGAUGAGUCCGGGUUAUUCUGUAAAAAAAUGCCUGAAAGAACAUAUUUAGCCAAAGCUCACAAAUCAGUCAGUGGACAUAAAGUAGCAAAAAGUCGUAUAAAAAUUCUUUUCUGUUGCAAUGCUUCAGGCGGCUAUAUGAUGAAACCAUUGGUUAUAAACAAAACUUACAAUCCGCAUUCAUUUAAUGGAGUAGAUAUAAAAAAUCUUCCUGUUUAUUGGAUGGUUAAUAAGAAAGCGUGGGUCACAGCCGUGCCCUUCAAGGAAUGGUUUAAUUUUUUUUGUCCCAGAUGUCAAGAGAUAUUUAAGUAGAAAAGGGCUGCCUCCAAACGCACUUCUAUUGCUUGACAAUGCACCUGGUCAUCAUCUAGAUUUACAACACGAACAUGUGAAAGUUUACGAAAAACUACAUCUUCCUUAUUACAGCCCUUAGACCAAGGGAUAAUUUCGACAUUUAAAGCGCUUUACAUCAAGCAAACAUUUAAGUACAUUUUAGAACAAAUGGAGAAUGACGAAUCACUGACUCUUAUGAGUGCUUGGAAGAAAUUUACAAUCAUAGAUUGGUUUAAACAUGAUAGGUGUAAUACUUUAUCAACACGGAUGAGAUCGUAAAUAACUCAAGAAAAACGAAGCUGAAGAUCGGAACAUUGUUCUGCGAAUUGUUUUAAAAGGAAUCGAUCGUUUUCGCUACUUUCACCACUUGCAGUCAAUAAUAACUCUGGAAAACCAAUAGUAACUUUUGUUUCGUUUAAAGUUGAUGUCUCAGAGCGAAAAAUGGUACAUUGGUCGUUUUGACUGGCCGCGUUUGAACCUUGCACAAAAUACGUUGCAUGGUAAGAAUUUGAAAAUCACUACUGAACAAUAAUCCAAAUACCUGCAUUUCGUGCUAAAGGUAGUGUAUUAUUGUUAAAAUUCUUUGGAUUGCGCUAAAAGCGAUAAAACGCCCGAAAGAAACAAAAACUCUAAAUAACCGAUGUGCAAUUUUGCGUUGCUUUGUUACUUCGGACAUUUAUAGCGUAACUUUUGAAAAGGUCUUGUGUAACAAAUGUAAACAAAUCGAAUUAAUGGAUGCACACUAUUAGUUUGAAAUCAUGGACUGUUUCACAAACCCAAUCUUUCAAGUAUCUAUCCUUUUCACCUUUUAAUCACCGAUACAAAAAAUGUGCAAUGUACAGAUUCGGAUUUUAAGCAUUCGACUGUUACUUCGGACGCCACUUUCCUCCGACACUAGAAAUCUCGCGUAACUUUUGAAAAUGUCCUAUGUAACAUUUGCGUUAACUCGGGAAAAACGAAGCUGAAGAUCAGAGCAUUGUUCCGCGUUUUUGUAAUACAGCCAAUGAUUGAAAACUAAUAGUGUGUAUCCAUUAACUCGAUUUGUUGUGUCCAAGAUACGACCGCAUUGUUGACGUAGACCUACGCUGUUAUUUUAUAUAAGUCGGUUGUUAAUAACUUCGGAUAUUAUUUUAUAAUGCUGUGAAAUUUUAGAAAUAACUGUUUAGUAGAAUGGUUUGAUCGCCCUGAAAUGGUUUUUUUUAAUUGUAGAAUCAGUUGACGACAAUUGAUUGAUGGUUCAUUCUUACCCUCGCAGAUCAAUACAGCAAUACAAUUGGCAAUUCCAGGCUGACAAUUGACAUACACUCGGCUACAGUCGAUUAUAUACUUUUUGCACCAUCACCAUUAUUCCACAUUUCAUAACUGGCAAGCCAAAUCACAUACAAAUUUCCAGAACGACAUUUACUUUCUUGAUGACUAAAUAAAUGAAAUAAACUUUUUCUGCUAAUCUCAACAACCUCGAACAUAGUAGCAUUGCUUUAUUAUGAUCAAGAUUAGCGAAACUCAAUCAUAGUUGAAAGUAGUUUUGCGACUGGCACGCGAACCCAAAUAACUUAUAACAUUCCAGCAUGACAUUCAAGAUGCUUGGUAUUUCCCAAAUAUUUUUGGCGCACUACCUUAAUGCCUGCUUCGCCAUACCGUCAGUUCAAUUCAUUGAAUGCAAUGUCAAAGGCGCCAACGAAGCCUUUGUGAUGACGGAAAACAAACAAUGUUAACUGCCUCAUUUGCCUCAGCAGAGAUUCAUUACUAAUACCCUAACGCAAAUAUUUCCCUCCCGCACUAUGUUUACGUACGGGUUAUGAAACACGCACGUACCCACAUGAAUAUCCAUAUUUCGAUGGCUUAAAGCAACUAAAUAUACACACACUUAUCUCCGUUAAGUACUCUUUUCAACAGAAGCCCUAUCUGUUAAUAUUGCCGGUCUAGAUUAGCUUAGCUGCCAUCAUUAGUGGAGAGAGUUUUGCUACCGCCAUGCGAAACCAAAUCACAGAUUCCAGAACAUUUAUUUUCUUGGUGAGCCGACGAUAGCCCAGCUUGAUGAUUCCCCACACAAUUGUGUAGCUCAGAACCUUAAUGUAAUGGCAUCAGUUUGAUGCAAUGAUUGCAAUGCCAGAUACAUCAGCGAAUGAAUAACUUGGUCGCGCCCACAGCUCAACCCGAAACGAAGGCAUGUGAUGACGCAAAACAAGCAAGCGAUGUUCAUCGCUUUGAAAACAGGACGAGAUUGAACGUUUGCCUCAGCGAGAACCACUUUAUACUCUAGCCAAAUAUUCCCCUUCGUUCUUCUUCGUUUCCUUUGUUCACGGAGACUUUAAAUCUUACGAUUUCCCUUUUGUUACUUGUCGAUAAGUUGCUCGUGAUUGACAGCUCUGUUCGGGAACGCACACAAAUCAGCAGAACAAAUGUAUGGGAAAAUGGAAACGCUUAUAGUUUUCAUGAAUUUUAACCAUUUACACACCAGGGGAUUGUGAUGUAUAGAAUAUCAAACAAAUCUUAGGGAAUUUCAGAUUCGUUUGGUAUGUUAAUCGCCAAAAUCCGUUCGCGGCAAAAAUAGUUAUUAACGUUAACUUUAUUUCAUAAGAACGUGACCUGUUUUCUGAUUUGGCAUCCUUAGUGACGUAGUUCUACGUCAAAAACAAGCAAUGGAAGACUAAUAGCAGUACAAACGCGUUUAUUAUGCCCCUCAGUUCGAACUCCACUCUCAAUUUUUCUAGGUUAAAAAAUAUAUGAAAGUGUCAAGAAGUUUAUGACGUAUGGGGAAAACAAUUAAAACAGAAUCUCAAUUAGUUUUGGAGUUUUGGAAAGAAUGAUCCAGUACCCAGAUCCAGUGAUGGACUGUGAAUGUACACGGGAGCAUUUUUAGUUCCAUAAUCGAAUGGUCAGGGACUUGAACUCCCUGCCAUACGAACUGUACGUCUAUUAAGACUAGGAGCGAAUCAAACCAAUUCUUGAUAUUCUGUUCCGAAGUGGGACGUAUUCCAGCAUUUUGUUUCGGUUAAAACAAAUGGUAUUCAGAAGAUCUUGUCUAGAUGUCGGGUGACGGUAAGUUUCCAACCACUGUCUAUAAUCGGUAUAUCAGCAUUAGGCCAGGCGUUGCUAUGGUUGAAUAUUUUGGAUUCAGAUCUGGGUGCAUUUUGAGAAUGGAUCAAACAAUAUUUUGGCAUCUAGCCAUUUCACAAAACCCGAUGGUUUUGAAGAAACUUUUUUGCAAGUUCUAUUUGUGUUUGGCACGAGUCUUAAUCUGGAUAAGAUCUAUUCUCCAGGAGAAGAAGCACCAACAGAAAGACACGAUUACGAUGAGCUCCCUAAUGGCGAUGUAUCAGGUGACAUUGCAACAAACCUGAAAUACGCGCGGAAGGUAAUUUGACCCGCUCUGCAGGAGAUGAAGAGGAGUUGAUUGGCCAGCUGAUGAAUAAAAAGGCGAGCAACUUUUGCUCAAUGCUUGUCAAAUUUGUCAAUGCCCGAGCGGGUAACUGUCCUGGGUAUCAACCAGAAUUUUGGCGAAACUAUUAGGCUCCAAGCAAAGUUUUCGUUGUAAAUGUAACUUAAUAGCUACUACUUUUCCCAACUUUCUGGCAGAGAUAGAAUAUCGUGAUGGUGAAAGUCUUGAUUAUUUGAGGCUAUCCACUUUUUGAUGUCUUCUUGUGAGCGGAACCGUUGAAUAGUCAGACCAAGUGCUAUCGAUCAGAUCAAGUAAGAAUCGGACGGCGAACCAUAUAUGGGGGGUUCAGUGGGUGCGGUAUGACUUUUCAUUUAAGUGUUUCCAAGAAGGUGGUAACGGGUGGGGCAUCGUGAGGCCAUUGUCAGGCUGUAGAAUAACUUUUGCAUGUAUAAUAACGUAUAAUAACGCGUCUGUUUUUGGCAGCACUCGACUUAAUCGCACACCCAACCUAGCGUUGGCAAAAAAUAUCAUUCUUGGCAGAAAAUAUGCCUUUCAUUGUACAAUAGCGUCACACUGAUCUUGAAGUUGGUUUGUUCGAUUUAGGGUGUUUUCACGCAACUAGUAAAUUGCAUUUCUCAUUGCUUGAGUUUACUGUCAUCAUAUUGAUCCAUUCAUAAUUUAGACUUUCUUUAAAAUAUUGCCUUUUCUUUGGGUAUUUGAAAAGUAUUCACCUCAACACACUCAACACAGAGAAACUUUAUUUCUGCUAUGCGCGAAGGACACAAUAAACAAACUGCAGCGCGCCAAGCGGUUGCCAUACAAAUCAUGAGGACAAACCAACAUUAUUGAAUUGGACAACUCAUGAUCAGAAUUGAGGUCAUCGAAAUGCAUUGGUUUAUCCAAGUAAAUCUAAUACAAAUGGUGUGCAACCAUGAUGUUUACAAUAUUUAUAAGUGUUAUAAUCUAGAAAAGGUCUAAAUACGUGCCAAAAAAUCUUUGGUGAUUGAUUAAAAGUUAGCUCAAAUGAGGGGCGCAUUGACAACAAUAGAAGGUGGAUUUUAUAAUCCUUUAAAACAUGUUAAACCGUAAAAAACAUACUAUAAAACUACAGUAAAUCAUGAAAAAGACACUUUUAUUCAUAUUUUUUGAAACAUUCAAAUACCUGAAUUAAGACAGGUGCGCUGAACAAGAGCAUUAACAAAAUGGGCAAACCAUGAUCAUAUUUUCGACUGCACAAACCAAAAUCAUUUACCUUACCUCUUUGCCGUCUGAACGGAGUGGUGUGAUAACCACUUCAUUCGACUGACAAAAUGUCCAAGAGUUCUAUGAUUGUUGAUUAUUGACCUGAAAACUUGUUUCAAUAGCUUAAAAAUUGUUUCGAAAACAGGCUACGGAAAUCACACAAAUCUGUAUAUAAACUAAUUCCCGCUCAGAAAUCCAGAGUCAUCACUUCUCGUUUGGUGAUCAUCGGAGCAACAUCGUUGUCGGCGAGCGUCGAGCAGAAAUUAAUUGUCUUUCUCAAGACAAGUGAAGAAGGUGUAAUGGAGUAGUUUCCUUUCCACAUGGGCCCUACUUAAGGCUAGCAACAGUUCAAAGUCUCUAUAAACCAAACAAGGAAGGAAGGAAGGAAAGAAACAGGUUUCAAAACCAAUGAACCUGGGACAUCGACAUUGCACAAUAGAUGCAAGAUGCGGGUACUUUUGUACUCGCAUGCAUUUCUGCAAACCGGAAUGUGUUUCCCUAACACAGAUUCCAAAACUAAUGAGCCUGGGGGAAUCGGCGUUGCAAAACAUGUGCAAGGUGCUAGUACUUUUGUAAUGUAUGCGGGCUUCAAAAACAGUAUGAACACAAUGAUUUGACUCGGUUAUACGGGACUGCAUUGGGAAAUAUCCAUCUAUGUCUUCAGCUCACUGAACUUCUACGCAUACCGUUUGGAAAAAUGUUGAUAAUAAUUUGCUGCGAUAACGUCCAUAAAGUCGAUUGAACAAUAUGCGUUCAACUUACAUGUCAAAAUCAAAACUGAGUGCCUGAAGUUUAUCAAAUAUCAGCAAAUUCGCGGUUCGUGAAGUACGUACACUUGAGAGAUGCAAACUUCAGAGGGAAAUGCAAAAUAUUUUGAUCGUUUAGCAAUUCUUCCGUUCACAUAUUUUGGAAGUCCACGAUAUAUGAAUCAAAUGAACAAGACAUCAUGCCAUACGUCAGAUUUGGAUCGAAGAACGUAAUCUCGCAAAAUGCAUGAAUUGACCUAAAUUGGGGUUUGUUGGCAAUUGAAUUCGGAAAUUGUUUCUUUCAAUUGGUGGUUUAAUCAAAACACUCAAAAUAUUAUCAAGCCAAUGGUAGUCUUACGUCAAUCUUGCGGUUAUGUCUUAGGUAUUACCCACCCAUAGCUUUUUAACCAAACGAUCAUCCGACAUCAUUACAAUGUGUCCGGCCAACCGCAAUCUGUUGACUUGCAAUGAGUCUUCAAUCUGUACACCACCGUGGAUAGUCCGCAGCACCUAGCGUUCGAAAACUCCAUGUGCGUUGUGGUCAUUUCGGCCAAUUCGAGCCUAUAGAAGACCAUCGGUCUAAUACAUGUUUGUACGAUGUCAACUUUGUACAGCGGCGCACCAGAUUAGAUCUCAGCCUCUCUGGAUCUUGGUGUUGUGGUUGUUCUUGUCGUCGGUGGUCACCAUAUAUAUAUAUAUAUAUAUAUAUAUAUAUAUAUAUAUAUAUAUAUAUAUAUAUAUAUAUAUAUAUAUAUAUAUAUAUAUAUAUAUAUAUAUAUAUAUAUAUCACUUUACCUUAAUCCUCUACACGAUUCGAAGGGACUCGGGAAUAUACCCAAAUCGAGCAGGUAUUGUAUCAUCAACGGAAAUGUAAUGUGUGGACAUUUUUUGCAAAAUCUGUCGGAUUAGAAAAGUUUGACCCGUGAUAAGGUUCCAUGAAGCCCACCUUGUGCUGACCCACAAAUAUCCUGGUUAGUGGUGAUAAACGUCGAAUAAUGAUUUGGAAUUGUUUUUUUCUUCUAUGCGACGUUGAUAAACAUAAUUCCACAAUAGUUGCAAGAUUCGUGCUUAUAGAUCUUCUAGUAAAUGGGGUAGACGACUUUCUCGACCUACCCCACUUCCAUUCGGAAUAACCCAGUAUAUUGCUCUAGCAAGUUCUUCUCUACCGUGUUUGCAGAGCUUACCCGACGGUCUGUCCUUGCUGGUGACUUUGUUGUUCUUUAGUCUAACAAUAUCCCGCUGGGUCUCGGAGUGAUUGAGAGCUGCUGCUGGCGCAUUUACGUCAGUUCCAUUUACGCUUUUACUUGUUACUUCACCAUUCAAGUAGUCAUCAAAGUGUUGCUUUCACUUGUCAAUCUUCUCGGUUUCGUACAUGAUCAGGUUUCUCUCCACAUCAUGACAUAUGUCGGUUUACGGAAAACAGCCUCUGCGGGAUAGGUUAAUCAAUCUGAUAUCGGAAUAAAUGGAGAGCUUCCGUGUAUCAUUGACACGUGACAGCUCUCCUAUGUCUACAUGAUCAUGGUCUUCCAGUUGGCACGUCUUCGUCUCAGAGUCGUAGGCGUGUUGUUUCGUCCCCACCUAUACUUGGCCAUGUUCUCUCACCAGUGGGUAUAAACACAGGGUUCCCAGUGGGUAUAAACACUGUUUCCUCAAAUCCUUCGUUUCAUACAUUUGAACAUCAAUAUAUUAGAACAAUAAAAUUUCUCAAGAAGCAAAGGACGGCAAUACAUGCAAAUA